CUGCUUCUCUCAUCUCUUCCAACACUUCCAUCAUCUCUACCACACUCGCUUAAGAAUCACUUUCGUUCAAUCCUUCACCAACCCUCAAGAUGUACUUCUCCACCGCCGUCAUUGCUGCCUUCGCUGCCACCUAUGUCUCUGCAUCUCCUCUGAUGGUCCGCGAUAACGUCUGCGGUACCACUCCUGCUGGCAGCAACGCCAACAACCAGCCCAUCUCGCAGCCCUCCGGCAUCCAGACCUCUGCUGCUUGCCAGGCUCAGUGCGAGGCCGACAACUCCUGCCAGUCUUUCACAUUCGGCAUGAUUGACAACACUAUCCAGUGCAAGCUCUACAGCUGUGCUGCAUCGGCUGUUCCAAGCCAGUCCAGCGCCAACCUUGUAGUCUACGACAAGGCUUGCACAGCCGUGCCCAGCGUCGUACCCACCUCCAGCAACCCCACUGGCAAGAAACGACAGCCAGACCAACGACAGCCAGACCAACGACAGCCAGACCAACGACAGCCAGACCAACGACAGCCAGACCAACGACAACCAGACCCCGACCAACUCAAACCCCAGUUCCCAGACCUCCCAGCAGGGGGCUCAGGAUGGCACACAGAAGCAGUCAUCCACCAACCCCAAGGCGCAGUAUGCUCAGAAGCAGUCCUCCCCGACUGGUACCCAGACCUGCGGCACUCAGCCCUCGGCCUCAACCAACAACCAGCCCAUCAGCACUCCUUCCGCCACCUCCGAGGCAGCAUGCAAGGCUCAGUGCCAGACCAACAACUCCUGCAAGUCCUUCACCUUUGGCACAGUCAACAACGCUGUCAUCUGCAAGCUUUACGCCGUGGCUGCCGCCCAGGUCCCUGCGCCCAGCAACUCUGCUCAGAAGAACGCGCUCAAGGCUUACGACGUUGGUUGCUCUAACUAAGCGCCUACGUCCGAUUGUCGAGCUUCGAUGGAAGAUUUGGCUGGGGUAGUGGACGCGCUGCUCGAACGCGCUGGACUCCUGUGACAAUGGUGUAUGGAUCAGUACACGGCAGGUACAUUUUGUUUUUCCUUUCGGUUAAUCACGCUCGUUUUGUUCUAGAUGAUAUGGUGUUGCCUGUAGAGUUUAGCAUCAAUGCAAGUUUGGU